AUGUGUCGCCGCAUAGCUGAGGGUACGCGCUGGAAACGUUGCGGGCACUUUCAGCGCCACAUGAUCGCUGCUAUCGUCGACUGCAACUCGUCAAGGUGCGAGAACAGCUACCUGCACCCGAAAGGUUGCCGGGAUCCUCAUUGCGUAAAGCACUAUGGACCCGAAGUACAAAAAGACAUCGACACUGUCGAUGAAUUCUGUUUCCAAUGUCGUACCGCCGCCGCCGCUGCGGCACGUCGCUAA